AUGGCCACCAUUUCGGAGCUCUUGGGCCUUGUCCCACAGGGUGUGCAGUGGGCAUUGGCAGGUAUUGGUGCUCUGUACAUCUCUACCAAGGUCCUCGGUUACCUGCAACUGGCCCUGAACCUGUUCGUGCUCAGUGGCACCAAUCUCCGCAAAUAUGGCAAAAAGGGCACCUGGGCAGUCGUUACCGGCGCAUCCGACGGCCUGGGCAAGGAGUUUGCUACCCAGCUUGCCGCGCAGGGCUUCAACCUCGUUCUCGUCUCGCGGACACAAUCGAAGCUCGAGGCUCUGGCGACAGGGCUGGGAAACAAGCAUGCCGGUUCGGGACUACAGAUCAAAGUCCUUGCCAUGGACUUCUCCAAGGACAGCGAUGCCGACUACGACCGCCUCGCGGAGCUUAUCUCGGGGCUUGACGUUGGAAUUCUAAUCAACAACGUGGGCCAAAGCCACAGCAUUCCCGUGCCCUUCCUCGAGACGCCGCAUGAGGAACUCCAAGACAUUGUGACUAUCAAUUGCUUGGGGACUCUGAAGACGACACAAGUCGUGGCACCCAUCCUCGUUCGGCGCAAGAAGGGCCUCAUCCUAACCAUGGGUUCUUUUGCCGGCUGGAUGCCCACCCCGUAUCUUGCCACCUACAGCGGCAGCAAGGCCUUCCUGCAGUACUGGAGCAGCUGUCUCGCGGCGGAGCUCAAGCCCCAGGGUGUCGACGUCGAGCUGGCCGUGAGCUACUUGGUCACGACGGCCAUGAGCAAGAUACGGCGGGCGAGCGUGCUGAUCCCCAAUCCAAAGCAGUUCGUUCGGUCAGCACUAGGCAGGGUCGGUCUCAGCAGCACUCAGAAGAUGGCGCAUACAUACACGCCGUAUUGGAGCCAUGCCCUCUUCGUCUGGAUAGUCGAGAACACGGUUGCUGGCGCAUCCUCCUCCGACUAUGAUCUCCAGUCUCCCGACUCAGCAUGGGCGCCGUUUCACAAGGUUCAGAUGUACCCAAUUCCCGACCAGAUCUUCGAGAAGUUGAAUGGUGGAGAGGUCGUGACCAAGAUGGGCCUGUUCGCUGGGAUCAACCAUGCUUGGGCGACCAUCGACAGCUCUCUCUUCUUGUGGGACUAUACGCAUCCCAAUCCCGACCUGAUCGGCUUUGAAGAGUCCUCGCAUACCAUUACCGCGGUAGCUCUACUGCCGCCAAAGCCGGGUGUCUUCGUCAACACCAUCACCCAUAUCCUGGCGGUGGCGACCACUUCUGACAUCCUGCUUCUUGGCGUCUCCGCGGCUUCCACCCCGACCGGGGCCAAAACCAUCUCCCUGUAUCAGACAAAGAUGGGCGUCCACAGAGGAAGCAGUGAUGUUAGUAUCAUCGUUGGUACCGCGACUGGUCGCAUAUUCUUUGGGGGAGACAGCGACACGGAUAUCCACGAGCUGUACUACCAGCAGGAGGAAAAGUGGUUCUCAAGUCGGUGCGGGAAGAUCAACCACACCCAUCCCGGAUGGUCAUCCGUCGUCCCCACCCUGGCUGCGCCGAUCGACUUCUGGUCACAACGGCAGCAGGAACACCUAGUGGACAUUGUUGUUGACGAUACGAGGAAUCUCCUGUAUUCCCUGUCCUCCAAAUCCACCAUCCGAACUUACCACAUGGAGGCAUCGGAGAAGCUGAGGGAGGUCAUCGCGAAGGACAAGACUCAGUGUCUUCGCGAAAUCUCACACAUGGUCAAUGAACGUUCACCCCUCCUCGACGAACGCGUGACUAUCGUAUCAAUCAGUCCCAUCUCUGCUCGCGAGGCUUCCAAGCUCCAUCUCAUGGCCUUGACCAACACGGGUUGCAGGCUGUUCCUUAGUGCGACAAGCUCGGCAUCAUACAUGGUCAACACCUCAUCUAAUCUCGCUCCUCAGAGCAUGCAAGUCCAGUUUGUCAAGUUUCCCCCACCCGACAUCACAGCGGGAGAUAGGCGAGCGUUGGGACAGGCGAACGGUAGCCCGGAUAAGCUCCAGAUCCAAUCGACGUCCUUGACAGCCAGCUUAUUUGGCCAACGAUUCGCCCCUGGCUAUUUUUUCGACUUUAUCAGAAAGGAAAACAACCCAGGUGCCGAUCGUCUCUUCAUCUCCACCCCCGACACUGGCAGGAUCAAAAUCACCACACCCGCAUCGGCGUUGAAGUAUUACGAGCAGGGUAAUUGGGUCGAUCUCGGUGAGAACAAUCGGGCCUUGGCAGUUGGCUCCAUCACGAAGCCCUUUUCUGCUGCCACGCAGCCUCUCGGCUUCGGGAACGAGCUCGCUGUUCAGUUUGACGAUGCUCCGGGCGAAUUCGCAAUCCUGACCAACACUGGAGUCCAUGUGGCCAGACGGAAGAGGUUGGUCGACAUCUUUGCCACGGCGAUUAGGAGCGCCAGUGGCGAUGAAGGGUUGGAGAAAGAAGUCCGGAAGUUCGUUAUACGCUAUGGUCGGGUGGAAACCAUCUCCACCGCCUUGGCAGUCGCUUGUGGCCAGGGCAGCGAUCUUAGAACUGGCACUGGCAGGGCAACCGACCGGGCAACCGAGGAUCGCGCCCGGACUGCCUUCGUCGAUUUCGGCGGCCAGCCUACGCUCUCCGAAAUGGAUAGGACCUCGACUGAAUCCGUCACACUUUCCGCACGACAUGAUGCACUGGCUCUGUACAUCACUCGGCUUAUCCGCACGCUCUGGAGAUCAAAGAUGGUCUCUAUCGGCAUUGACCCUGCCGGGGGCAUUGCAAUCAGCUCCACCGUGCCGUCAGCCAAAUUGGUCUCUGUCCAGGAGAAUCUGGAGAGACUGAGGAAAUUCCUCGACGCCAAUAAGGGAUUCAUCCAAGGAUUGUCUGGCCCUGCAGAUCUCCAACGGGUCGCGAGCAGGCAAGAAGAAAUCGCCCUCCAAGCCGAGCACCAAGCCCUCCAUGCGCUACAAAAGCUGAUGGAGAGCAUCUCGGAAGGCAUAUCUUUCGUCCUGAUGCUUUUCGACGAGCGAGUCCCUGAUAUCUACAUGCGCCUCGACGUAGCCUCCCGCCAACAACUGAAGGAGCUUACGUACGAAAACCUCUUCUCUCAGUCUUCGGGCAAGGACCUCGCAAAGCUUCUGGUCAAGGCCAUCGUCAACCGGAACAUCGAAAGCGGUUCAAACGUUGAGACGGUCGCGGAUGCGUUGCGAAGGCGAUGUGGAAGCUUCUGCAGUCCGGACGAUGUUGUCAUCUUCAAGGCUCAAGAGCAGCUUCAGAGGGCCACUGAGCAGGCGCAGAACCCCAACGUUCUUCGUGCUUUGCUGAACGAGAGCCUGCGGCUCUUCGAGCGUGUUGCAGGCAGCCUGACUUUCGCCAACCUCAAAGCGGCGAUCCAGCAAUAUACGGACCUAAAAUAUUACGCCGGCGCCAUCCAGCUUUGCCUGGUUGUUGCCCGGGAGAAGGACCGUGGCAACUCGGCACUCUCGUGGAUUAACGAAGGCCGGCCGGCGAACGAUCCGCGACAGAGGGCGUUUGAGGAGCGGAAGCACUGCUACGACCUGAUCCACGAUGUCAUGAACCAGUUGGAUGCUGCCUCCGGGUCGGAGCCCGAGAUGAUCGACGGCAGGCUCACCCUAGCGGCGACAAAGAAGGUGGAGGCUUACGAUGUCGUCAACGGCUCCGAUGACGAAGUCUUCCACUUCGACCUCUAUGAGUGGUACAUCAGGCAGAAUUGGACCGACCGUAUUCUAGCCAUUGACUCGCCUCAUGUUGUCACCUUCCUCCAACGACUCGCAGACACGGAUGCUCAGCAUGCCGAUCUGCUGUGCCGGUUCUACACACAUCGCAGCCGGUUCUUCGAGGCUGCCCAGGUCCAGGCCAGCCUCGCAAAGUCCGAGUUCGCCAUCGGCAUCAAGGACAGGAUCACUCUGCUCAGCCGCGCCAAGGCCAAUGCGAGCCAACAGCUUCUGAAUCACGAAGUGACAGAGCUUCUCGAGAUUGCACACAUUCAAGAUGAUGUGCUGGAGAGGCUCCAGGCAGACAACCGACUCCCCGACGACCGCAGAGCCGUGGUCGAGAAGGAGCUGGACGGUCCUAUCCUGGACUUGACUGAGCUCUUCAAUACCUACGCAGACCAAGCCGGCUACUUCGACCUCUGCCUCUUGAUUUACCAUGCUGCUGACUAUCACAACUCCCGGAUUAUUGCCGAAACAUGGGAUAGCCUGAUCAACAACACGCAUUACGAGGUCGAGCAGCGUCAACAGAUAUGGGACGAGCACCGGGCCGGGCGGCCGCUCCCCAAGGGUGUCGAGGUCCCAACCGCACCUCCUCCCCAGCCCUACGAGAUGGUCUCGGCGCAGAUCCAGAACAUCGCCCAUCGGACGUCGUUGGACAGCCUCAUCUUCCCGAUCGACACUCUGCUGCCAAUUGUCUGCAGGUACGCCAUCUCGAAUGGCCAGGACGUCUCGAUCGGCGCCGACCCUUGCUGGCCGGUUCUGCUCUUCCUCCAGCUCAGCGUCCCACAUGCCCUGAUUGUGCGCAUCCUGGAGCAGAUCUUCGACGCCCAGGAGACCCCCUUCACCGGCCGGCGGAGGAAGGUCGUCGUGCAGUGGAUCAAUGUCGUCGUCGAGUCCUGGGCCCGCGAGGUCGAGAGGCGCGGGGGUCCGGCCGCCGGGUCCGCGGGCGGCGAGGGAGCCCUGGGUAGCUGGGUGACGGAGCUGCUGGGCCGGUGCGACGAGUUCCUCGGACAGGUACUCGGCAGCGCGAGGGGGAUGGCGGAUGGCGAGGAGCUCGCGGAUACCCGGCGAAAGACAAGGUUGUUGCAGAAAGCGGUUACCAGCUUGGCUGCGUCCUCGGUACAGGGUAGUCUGCGCUUUGGAUGA